GUCCAUCUGUGCACUAAGCGUAUUGAUUGUACUUGGAAAGGGUUCACAUUUGCCUUCAAACACUGGAAUGAAAGAUGGGAUUGCAAUUCUAUACCAAGAGCUUGCUGUCAAUUUUGGCAAUACUAUUUCUGCUGUAUUUCGCUGCAAAACAAUCCACGGAAGUUUUUCGUGAGGUAGUUCACACCGAUGCCAAAGCCAAUGAAGCACGGCGCGGGAACGAUAACGAUGGUGAUAAACGCGCAGUGGGUAUACGAACUGACGUUAACACUGAAGUACAAACAUCACAGGUGGAAUCUCUAACAACCGGAUCGACAGAAACCACUUCAACAACAGCAACAACAAAUUCAAUAUCUGAAAGCUUCAAAGCCAUUAAUAAUCAACUUGUGGACAAAUAUGACGAGGAAAUGCUUGCUCAGUUGGAAAUAUUUGUAUCGACACAGAGCAAUAUCACAACGACAAGUUCUCAAGCUACGACAACUCACAGUAAUACAAUGUAUCAAGAAAGUCCUGAAAUCCAUCACGUGGCUUUCAUAAAAAUCCACAAAACUGGCAGUUCCACGGCUCAGAAUAUAUUUUUAAGAUUCGGAGUUUCUAGAAAUCUAACAUUUGUCCUUGCACAUGAUGAUCUGAGUUUAUCUGAGACACGAUAUCCUAACGUAAUAAGUUAUAGCAAUUCCUUGUCGGAGCGCAACAUUGUUUCACCCCCUGAUGGACGUGGGUAUGACAUCAUGUGCUGUCACGUUGUGUACAAUAAGGAAAACUUCACAAGAAUUAUGCCUGCGGACACAAAAUAUAUCGCACUCAUUCGCCAUCCAAUAACAAGGCUUGAAUCAGCAAUGCGAUACUUUAAUAUGUUUCCGAAUGUUAAUCUGUCCGACUUUGCAGCAUCUCCUUUGACAUAUGAUAAAGGAAAACACUCAAUGGCAAAUAACAGAAUGGCUUUUGAAUUGGGGUUUCCGCUUAGCCUCUUCCCAAACAGCUACACGCAGGUGAAUGAAUUGGAUAGAAAGAUAGAAGCGAGUGCUUACAUGGACGAAUUAAUGAGCGACUAUAGCCUUAUCAUGAUUAAUGAGCGCAUGGACGAGUCGGUUGUCAUGCUGAAAAGGGUUUUAGGAUGGCAACUGAAGGAUAUAAUUUACCAAAAGCAACUCGUUGCGAAACAUGAGACAAGGCGAUUCAGUGAAACUGACGCGAACGAUCUUAGGAAUUAUCUUUAUCUUGAUUUCGCGUUGUAUGAAAGAGCUGUGCAAGAAUUUACCAAACAAGUGGCGAAUGCCGGUGAUGAUUUUGUGCGAGAAGUUGAAUACUUUAAGAUGGUUAAUGAAAAGGUGACGUUUUUCUGUGGAAACGCAUCAAUGACGUCGUUAAGUUUUGAUCGGUCUCUAUGGGGCGAUCCAUUUGAAGUCACACGAUUUGACUGUGAACUCUACAAGAAACCUGAAAUUAAAUUCAUUCAACAUAUAAGAUUGAGGAUGUAUGGCACGUUAAACAAUUGAAUCCUCAUUGACAUGCCAUUUUCCUUUUUACCCAAAUAACUCGUAUCUAGUAUUUACUUCUGUUUCUUCACGUAAUAUCCCCGUUAUAGAUAGAUUGCCUGUCAUUAACUCAAUUCCAUACCCCCCAUUACACAGUGUGUGUAUACCACAUGAUAAAUUACGUCAUAUGUUGUAUAUUGGAAGGUAACAUUUUGCUUAAAAUGAAGACUUGAUACAAAGAUAACUUUCUUUUUCUUCACGAUUUUAAAUGAAAGGAAGGGCAAUCUACGCCGCUUAAAGAGCCCAUUCUUCGCAUAGUUACCGGAAUUUGAUAAGGUGAUUUAUUUCUUCAAACAUUUCGACAAACCUGUUUCCAAACUAAUGUUUUGACAGUGCUCCAUCAGACGGCAGUUUUGUGAAAAGAUUUGUCGAAAUGUUUUUGAAACUAACUCUCAAACAAACUCUUGUAAAAGACCCAAGUCAGGGCUUUGUUAGCGACAUAGACUGCGUUAUGUUUCAUUUAUUUAAAAUGGGGAAGAAAUAGCAAUUAUAUUUGUGUAAAGCCUUCAUUCAUAGCAAAAUAUUUAUGGCACAAUUUAUCACGUGGUAUACACACACUGUUACAACGAUACGAUUCAUAAGCACACUAUCCAAUAUUGUUACUACACUAUACUAAAAUAAACGUUGUUUACACAAUAAAUUUUACAUUUUUAAGCAGCUUUUUAGAACGUCAUGUAAUAACUUCUUUUUUCGCUUGUACUUGUUUGUUUAUUCUUAAUGUUUGUAUACCUUAUCUUGUAAAAUAAAUACUGUUCUAAUUAAACGACUGGGUCUAGCAGUUUCAUCUUGGUCAUUAAUAACUCCAUUGAAUAUAUACCAGUAACAAAAACAAAUGAAACUUGCUCACAAAGUUAUCAAGUAAAUUGAUAUUAUUAUCCAAUAUUAAAAUAAACUUAAUCGUUAACGGGAAAAAGUAAGGCAGUUUACAGACAAUCGUGUCAUCAGUAAUUAAUAGUUUUCAUAUAUGCAUUAUCUAGUAAGUAUUAAAGUUUUAUCACUCAAAAUGUAUGUUUGUUAUACAUGUGUAUGUAUUGAUUUUUUUAAUAUUAGUGUCACUUUUUGAUGUUUGAUGAAUACCGGUCCAGAAGUGAAAAUGUUAGAUCACAUCUUACACAGAAACUAUUUCAACAUUGGCAAACUCAUUUGAACAUUGUAUAUGAGUCGGUGAACCUAAUCUGAAAUGUAAACCUCAUAUUAUUUAUUAUCCUCACUAAUCAUAACACAUUUAUUAUCAACUUUCUACUUCAUUGUAGCAAACU